AUGCAAUUCAUAGUCAAAGUCUUCGCCGUUGCCCUCGCCGCUCUCGCCACCCAGGCGGCCGCCACACCCGUCGAGGCUAGAGAACCAUGGGGUCCUGGACCGAAGUGUGUCUCGGGUAUUCCUACGCCGACUGGCAGUAAUCCUAUCUACACCUGCCUGUAA